AUGGAUAUUAUUCGCCUUCUCAAUCCCGAGAUUGACGACGAGACUAUGGAUGUGCUUGAAAGGCGCAGCCCAGAGGAUCGCUCGCUUUUCGCACUUCUUGUGACAAGCGCAGACAGAGACUAUGCUACUGAGCCCAAGGCCCUGGAGAAGUUUUUCGCCUACAUCAAGGCUGGUCGAGCUCUUGUCGACUCGUUGACGGACUCAGAUGUGCCUGUGCAGCAACUGUGUGCUUCGAAGACGCUCAUCCGGGCUCUUCAUGCGGGAUUGGAGCGCGAGUUGGCUCACCUUAAUGAGAUGGAUUAUUGA